CUUCUCAAAAAGCUUUUCCUGGUCCUGUCCAUGAAAUCCAAUGAUUUGGAGUAAUCUCACCCAAAGGAUAAUCUUCUAUAUGCUUACUGGACCUGGAGUUUUAGGAAACAUCCUUGUACUUGUGAGACGUGUAUAUACAUUCAUUAUGGGUUCUGAGAAACGAAAACCCAUCUACCUUAUUCAUAUUCAUAUUCACCUUAUUCAUAUUCACCUGGUUUGUUCAAAUACAAUAAUUAUUUGUAGCACAGGGGCCAGAAGUAGAAUAGCCACAGAUCUUUGUUUCAUAAACUUCCUAGGUGAUGUUGGUUGCAAAACUGUGAUUUUUAUGGAAAAAUUAGCUCAAGGCCUUUCCAUCUGUACCACGAGUCUCCUCACCACAGUCCAGGCCAUCACAAUCAGUCCCAGAACCGCCCUGUGGAGAAAGCUCAGACCACAGACUGCAUGGAAAGGUCUUCCCUAUCUCCUCCUCUUUUGGGUCUUGAACUCUCUGAUAAGCUCCUAUUUGCUUCACUAUAUGACAGAACUCGAUGGCAUGAACAGCUCCAGAACUGAAAUGUAUGCAUCAUGUAGGCAUGUGGUUAGGUGGUUUGCCUUCUCCCUCGUGGCUCUGCAAGAUGUGAUCUCUCAGAGUCUCACGGGCUGGAGGAGUGGAUACAUGGCUUUCCAUCUGUAUAAACAUCACAGGCAAGUUCUCUACCUUCAUAGCUCCAAAUUUGAAAAUAAUUCCAGCCCAGAAAUCAGAACUACUCUAAGUACUCUCAUUCUCAUGGCUUGUUUUCUCUUUUAUUACUGGACAGAUUUCAUAUCCUCCAUCUACCUAAGUUCUGUCAUGACACAUGACUGCACAGUACUAAAUAUCAAAGUACUUCUAAUCCUUGGAUAUACUGUUCUCAGCCCCUUCAUCCUGAUUAUCAGGAAUGCACCUGUUCCUAUGUACUAG